AUGCUUUUCAUAAUUCAAGCACUGUCCCUUGCAGCUCUUGCCGCCAAAGUGCUCGCAAAUCCGCUCCCACAACAAAUCCACCACUUCAAGCGCACUUGCUCCACAGGACCAGACACUUCAUCGUCCUUCCUCGCCAAUCCAGCCUACUCAGCCGCAGCGAACAAUGCUGCAACACCCUCAGGCUACAUCAACACAUUCACAAACCUCCACGCCAGCAACAAUGCAGACGGCUACCAAGGCUACACCAUCCUCUCCGCCUACGAUGUCGCCUCGUGCGCCAAUUCAUGCACAGCCCGCCCCUCCUGCCAGGCCUUCAAUGUCUUCUUCGAGCGCACCCCUCCCUCUUCAAACUCUUACAACUCCACCUGCUCGACCGCGACCAUAAAAUGCGUGUUCUGGAGCGGUGGAGUUACCGCUGCCAAUGCAGUUAAUACUGGCUCCACUCAGAAUGGCUUUGAGAUUGUCAUUGCAGGAUCAAAUGGCUAUAUCAAAUCCGCUAUCGCUGCUUCUCCUGGUUAUGGUCCAUCUACAUAUCUGGGAAACAACGCAAUCAGUGCUCCCAACGACUGUAAUGGGAAAAACACAUAUAUGGGAUUCCGGAUCCUCAAUGACGCUCCAUUCAACGCGACGAGAUGUGCUGAGGCUUGUUCGGCACAAUCGGCUUAUAACAUCGCGCAUCCGGGCUCUGAUGGCGUCAAGCCUUUGACCUGUCAAUUCUUCAACACAUACGAGACGUUCAAGAAUGGUGUUAAUCAGGGCCAGUGGUGUGUGCUGUAUAGUCAGAGUUGGGGCAAAGGUGUUGCGACGAACACUGGAUACACGUAUGGGAAGGAUGUUUACACCAUCGGAUCAUCUUAUGCUUAUGCUAACGCUACGGACGCUGGGGUUUGCGUGAAGGCGUGA